AUGGCUCUCGUCUAUUACGUGACGAAUUACGCGACCAAGGUAGAGGACCCGACGUGGAAGCGCGUCGCUGCGGCCGCGGAAUUGCUGCCCGUCGUCGCGGCAGGUGGCCAGCCGGGUGCCGGGGAGGAUGCCGGAACUGGCGUCGUCGGCGGCGACGGCGACGACGGAACCAAGAAUAAUAAGACGCGGCAGUUUCUGAUGAGGGUGGCGAACAGGGUAUUCACGGAGCGGGCUCUGUCGCAGGUCGAGGUCGUCGCCCAUCUCCUGGGAUACCCAAGCGAGUUCACGAGCAGCAGCGCCUGGGCGUACCUGAACGUGUCGGCGCUCUACUGGCACGUCUCGGGGCGCUGGCGACACCUUCGGCAGGAGAGCGGCACCGCGGUCGCAGACGUGUCCGUGAACGAGUCGGUCGCCGUGGAGGAAGCAGGCGAGAGGAUCGGCUUCGCCGAGGCGUACCGUCAUCGCGGACACGUCCUACGAGGCUUGUGCCUAUAUGACUAUGUUUCGCUCGUCAGGCUCCAACGCGUCGGCGAGGACGGGUGCUCCGGUGCCUGGGGAGAGGUGCCUUUCGAGAGCGGCUGGGUGGCCGGCAAAGACUGGGUGCAGGUAUUGAGGCGGCCAGGAAAGCACGCCGUCGUCUGCCUUGACGGCCACCUUAGCAAGGAUUUCGAGCAGGACGACGAGGAAUCGUGCCACCGCAGAGCAGCCGUGCAGCAUCUUGCCUUAUUCGCGCCGUGGGAGGCCUUUCUUAGCGAAGAGCGAGGCGACAUCAACGACAUAUGGAGGCGGGAACGAGAGCUGCUUCCGCCGAGAACCUCGUGCCUCGUCGACAACGUUCAACUACUCCGGCGGUCCGCCGAGGACGCAAAGCGAGACGCCAAGCAAUGGGCAGCCUCGCCUGGCGAGGGGGAGGACGAAGGGGUUGGGGAGGGGCCGGGCGAGGCGGACGGCGAGGCGGGAUCCGCGUACCAGUCCGACAACGUCGGAAACGCGACGCGACUGAUCGAUGUCGUCCGAAGCGCGGCCGGCGCGAACCAGAUCACGGCGGGGUCGCGCGAGCUUUCGGGGAUGAUGCAGCAGCUCUGCCGCUUCCAGCAAUCAGCGCUAGCCUCGUCGGCCGAGCUCCGGGCCACCGUCGUGACCGAACGGGGUGGGAGGCACAUCAGCAUGCCCGAGCAGGUGUUCUCCGGGGCCGCAGUGCCGCCGCAGGAUCAGGUCAAGGCCAUCAAGUCGCAGCAGACAUGCGCCUCCAGGGAGAGGGUGAAGAUGAUCCAGGGCAUGCAAAGCAUGGCCCCGGCCCACGGUACCGAGCGCGGCGCAGCGGCGCGGGGCGUGCUGAACGGUUUCGGGGAGGAAGACGUGCAGAUGACGCGAGGGGAAGCCGAGGAGAGGGCAGGCAACGCGGAGGCCGGCAUGGAAGUCCGCCUCGGCCCGUCGACCUCCUUCCUCGAGGCCGGGAAAGACUUGACAACGCGGCUGACGCUGAACAGGAAACAGGCCAUCGCCUUCUCCAUAAUAUGCCGCCACCUGGACUCGAUGCGGCAAGGAGACGGAGGCGACGUCGGCCAGCUCUGUCAGUUCGUCGGCGGCGAGGGCGGCACCGGCAAGUCGCGCGUCAUCGAAGCACUCGUAGGCCUCUUCGCCGUGAAGGACCUCUCGCAUCGCCUGCUGAUCACGGCGACGUCGGGGACCGCCGCCGCGCGGGUCAACAGCAUCACCAUCCACUCUGCCUGCGGCUUCAGCAAGGACCAGGGGCCCGGCGCGAACACGGCGAAGGACGUCGACGGGUCCCGGAUGGACUGGCAGGACAAGGACGUGCUCGUUAUCGACGAGGUGAGCAUGCUCGGCGCGCGGACGCUUCACGCCGUCAACGAGCGGCUCUGCCAGCUGCGAGGAUCGCAACGGGACUUCGGCGGGAUCCCCAUCGUCCUCUUCUGCGGAGACUUCCACCAGUUCCGCCCGGUCCAGGAGCGGUCGAUCCUGCUGCCGAGCGCGGCCGUCUCGUGGGGCGAGGACAACUCGUUCAGGGCCGAGCAGCGGCACCAGCACGACAAGGCGCACGGGCUGUGGAAGAGGUUCACGACGGUCGUCAUGCUGGACGAGCAGAUGCGCGCCGCCGGCGACCUGGAGCUGCAGAGGUUACUGCGGCGGAUCCGGCAGGGCGUGCAGGACCGCUCGGACCUGGAACUCCUCAACUCGCGGUGCCCCCGGGAAGGCAGGCGGAUCCCGUGGGAAACGGGCAUCACCGUGGUGACGCCGCUCAAUAGGAACCAGUGGAACCUCAACAUGGAGGCGAGCCUGACGUUCCAGACCCAGCGGCGGUCGACGCUGCGCAUCUUCCUCUCCGAGCACAAGUGGAAGGACGGCCUGCCGACCGAGGAAGAGGCCAUCAUGAUGCUGAACCAGGGCGACGACAGCGCGAUCCCGGUGCCGGCCGUCUUCAUGUUCGUGCCGGGGAUGCCGGUCGUCGUGAACCGCAACACCCACCAGGGCCUGAAGCUGGUGAACGGCGCCAGCUACACGGCGGCGGAGGUCAUCGUCGACAAGGCGCACCCGGGCAUCGCAUCUCGGCCGGCAUGGCGAUCCACUUCGGGCCGCCGGCGGCAAUCAUACUGGGAACGACGUCAGCCGCAGGGCCUGCCGUGCGCCGCCGCCUUCGCGUGCACGGACUACAAGGUGCAGGGGGGAACGCUGGAGCGCGUGGCGCUCGAGUUGCGGGGCACGAGGACGACCAACGUCGGCGGACGCGCCGUCCCGUCGCAGUGCGACCCGUACAGCCUGUACGUGCAGCUAUCGCGGUGCCCGACGCUGGACGGCAUCAUGCUCGUGUCGAAGGUGCGGGAGAGGGACCUGGUGGGAAACCGGGUCCCCGGGGAGAUGACCGCAGCACAGGCGAGGCUGGAGGGGCUAAGCGACAGGACCGUCCGGGAGGCGCUGCGCUGGCUCGGCGACGAGGUCGAGGCCGCGGAGGAAGGGGGGAAGCCUUCCGCAGACACAAGAUUUUGA